CUGAUUGAAGAGCAGAGCGGCGGCGACGGCCAUCUUAGAGCUACCGUGGUAACCGACACAUCUCCUGGAUUUUAUUCUUCUGCUGAGAGAAACACUCCGCCCGGCUGACGAGGGAGCAAAACAAAAAGGCUGACUCGGACUUCGCCGUGGGUUGAACUCGAAGUCGGGAUGCGGUUCCGAGGGAAUAAACGAUUUGCAUCCGUUGUCGGACUGGUCCUCGGACUGUUGUGCGCGGUGGAGGCAGCGAAAGUCAAUAAACACAAACCAUGGAUCGAGACGACGUACCACGGGAUCGUAACGGAAAAUGAUGACAAAGUUCUUCUGGACCCUCCUCUAAUUGCUCUGGACAAAGAUGCUCCUCUACGCUAUGCAGAGAGUUUUGAGGUGACCCUCACUGAAGAAGGUGAGAUUUGCGGCUUCAGAAUCCACGGGCAGAAUGUCCCUUUCGAGGCAGUCGUGCUGGACAAGUCCACUGGCGAGGGGGUUAUCAGGGCCAAGGACAAGCUGGACUGCGAGCUGCAGAAGGAGCACACCUUCACCAUCCAGGCCUACGACUGUGGAGAGGGUCCUGAUGGUGCCAACAUGAAGAAAUCCCACAAGGCAACUGUCCACAUCCAGGUGAAUGAUAUCAAUGAGUAUUCACCGGUGUUCAAGGAGAAGUCCUACAAAGCCACUGUUAUUGAGGGGAAGAAGUACGACAGCAUACUGAAGGUGGAGGCAGUGGAUGCCGACUGCUCCUUCCAGUUCAGCCAAAUCUGCAACUAUGAGAUUGUGACCCCUGAUGUGCCCUUCACCAUCGACAAAGACGGCUUCAUCAAGAACACCGAGAAACUGAGCUACGGCAAAGAACACAUGUACAAGUUGACGGUGACGGCCUACGACUGUGGAAAGAACCGUGCCUCUGAGGACGUGCUGGUCAAGAUCAGCGUCAAGCCCACCUGCAAACCCAGCUGGCAAGGCUUCAACAAGAGGAUUGAAUACGAGCCUGGCACAGGUAGCCUGGCACUUUUCCCCAGCAUGCACUUGGAGACCUGUGAUGAGCCAAUCACAUCCAUCCGAGCCACCGUCGAGCUGGAAACCAGCCAUAUUGGGAAGGGCUGUGACCGUGAUACCUAUUCUGAGAAGUCCCUGCACAAGUUAUGCGGAGCCAGCUCCGGCACCGUGGAGCUCCUCCCUGCACCCAGCAGCUCCGCCAACUGGACGGUUGGACUGCCCACUGAUAACGGGCAUGACAGCGACCAGGUGUUUGAGUUCAACGGCACCCAGGCUAUCAAGGUUCCUGAUGGUAUGGUGAGCACCAGCCUGAAGGACCCCUUCACCAUUUCUGUGUGGAUGAGACACGGCCCCGGGGCCCAUGAAAAGGAAACCAUCCUCUGCAACUCUGACAAGACAGAUAUGAACAGACAUCACUACUCGCUCUACAUCCACAACUGCAGGCUGAUCUUCCUCCUACGCCAGGAUCCAUCGGAGGCAGAGAACUACAAACCAGCAGAGUUUCACUGGAAGCUCGACCAGGUAUGUGACAAAGAGUGGCAUCACUAUGUGCUGAAUGUGGAGUUCCCCUCUGUGUCUUUGUUUGUGGAUGGGACCACCUUUGAGCCCUUCCUGGUUACAGAGGACUACCCGCUGCACGCCUCCAAGAUUGAAACUCAGCUCACCAUUGGUGCUUGCUGGCAAGAAAACUCAGGACAUGACAAUGACACUGAGACAGUCUCUGAGCCCACCUCAGGCGCAAAUGCUCGGAUGGCUCAGUUUUUCCGAGGGAACCUUGCGGGGCUGAUCAUCCGCUCUGGCAAGCUGGAGAACAAGAAGGUGAUCGACUGUUUGUACACCUGCAAGGAAGGACUGGACGUGCAGCUGCCCGAGGAGGUAGCUUCAGCUGUCAAGGUGGAGUUCAACCCCAACCAGUCCUCUCUGACCGUGGAGGGCGACGACAUUGAUGCCUUUGACAAGGUCAUGCAGCACAUCUCUUACCUGAACUCCCGUCAGUUCCCAACCCCUGGCAUCAGGCACCUCCGCAUCUCCACCACUGUAAAGUGCUUCAAUGAGGAGUCCUGUGUGACGGUGCCAGAUGCUGAAGGUUACGUGAUGGUGCUGCAGCCGGAGGAGCCCAAGAUCAGCCUGAGCGGCAUCGACCACUUCGCCCGCAGCGCCGCCGAAUUCGAGAGCCAGGAAGGAGUGACGCUGUUCCCCGAGAUGCGCAUCGUGAGCACCAUCACCCGCGAAGUGGAGGCUGACACCGAGUCAGAAGCUGCAGAGGGAGCUGACGACGACCCCACAGUCCAAGAGACGGUGGUGUCGGAGGAGAUCAUGCACAACCUGGACACGUGUGAAGUGACUGUGGUGGGAGACGAGCUGGACGGGGAACACGAGAGCCUGGAGGUGGACAUGACCCAGCUGCAGCAGCGAGCCUUGGAGAUGAGCUCAUCCAACCUGGGCCUCGUCAUCACUGGUGUGAACACCAUGGCCAACUAUGAGCAGGUCCUACACCUGAUCCGCUACAAGAACUGGCACACCGAGGCUCUCUUUGACAGGAAAUUCAAACUGGUCUGCUCCGAGCUCAACGGGCGCUACAUCAGCAACGACUUCAAGGUCGAGGUAAAUGUAAUCCACACAGCCAAUCCUAUGGAGCAUUCCAACAACGCCAUGGUGCAGCCCAACUUCAUUAACCCCGUCCAUCAUGCCUCAGUGGAUCUGUCAGGUCACAACCUGGUCAACGCUCACCAGGCCUCAGUGGUUCCCAGCGCUGCCACCAUUGUCAUUGUGGUGUGCGUCAGCUUCCUGGUGUUCAUGAUCAUCCUGGGCGUGUUCCGCAUCCGAGCUGCGCACCAACGCACCAUGAGAGACCAGGAGAACGGCAAAGAGAACGAGAUGGACUGGGACGACUCGGCCCUGACCAUCACCGUCAACCCCAUGGAGACGUACGAGGACCAGCACAGCAGCGAGGAGGAGGAGGAAGAGGAGGAGGAGAGCGAGGACGGAGAGGAGGAAGACGACAUCACAAGCGCCGAGUCAGAGAGCAGCGAGGACGAGGAGGGCGGCGAGCCGGAGGACCAGCAGGGGGCGAGCAGACAGCAGCAGCUGGAGUGGGACGACUCUACCCUCACCUACUGAAAACAACACAAUACACACACACACACACACACACACACACACACACACACACACACACACACACACACACACACCACCACCACCUCACACUCACUCACUGCGUCACACACUCCCCUCCCUACAGUUUCAUGUCUAGGAGCCAUGAUGUAAAAAAAAAAAACAAACACAAAAAAGAGAAAAGGAAAAACAAAAGUUCCCUUCAGCGUAUAUCUGGUCAAGGUUUUCCUGUUGUUAUCUUAGUGGUGGUACUCAGUGUAGUGUAGUCAUCACCGGAUUGCUGAUUUUUACUUUUUUAUUUAUUAUAUUUUAAUUCCCAGGAAAACUUGGCCUACAUUUGUUUUGAACUGUGUGAGGAAGCCAACCCUGCACUUUGUUUUUUUUUUCUCUCAGACGUAAGGCUUUCAGAAGGAGAAUAAUUUUCUGUUUUCCUAAUGUAAAUUCUUUGCUAAUGCUUUUAGAUUUGCUAAACUCACAGAUAGCUUUGACUUGAGACCACAGUGAAACAAAAACGACGCUUUUAACAAGUAGACUGCAUUCUUUUCUUUCUUUCUUUUCUUCUUUUAGUGCAUGAGGACAUUUGGAAAGUCAUGUGUAGAGAAAUAAAUUGCUUUUUAAAGACUUUUGUAAAUAUAAAGAAACCAUGUAAUUAGUCGAUGUGUUAGUGGCGGCCUACUCAGCGGGUCCAAUAUCUAAAACGACGCAGUAUGUAAUGUAGAAUAUUCGUGUCACACAGGCGGUAGCAUGUCGCUAAAUCUCUGCAAAAGCCGUUCCAUCAUGCUUGUACAAAAAGUCUGCUUCACGACGAGAAACCCAGGACUGUUCAGCGGAGGUUUCCACGACAAAGUGGCGUCCAUUGUGUCUCCUGUUCUUCUUUCUUUCUUUGCGAGGAGUAAAACCGUUUCUUUAGCUUUCGGUCGACGGUUUCAUCCAUGCUUUUGCUUUGCUUGCACAGGUGGCAGUGCUCUACUCCUGGCGUUAAGUGUGUUUUCAUUCCCAGUAGAUCUCACUGUUGUACAGAAGGGAUUUUGUUUUUCUUUUACGUCGAGAGUAAUCAGAGAAAUGCUAACGUACGAAUCGAGCUUGUUGAUCUUCAAAUAUGGGUACUAAAAUAAUUUCUGCGUGUAUUUGGACCAGCAGAGAGCUCUUUUCUUUAUUCCUCAGCAGCUUUAAAGCCUUCGUCCGUUAUCCCAGUCCUACUGCGCUGACAGGAGUAGGAAGGAGAGAAAUAAACCUUCCACACUACUGAAGAAGCAUAUUUAUGACCGACAGCUUUAGUGGAGGCCGGUCGAGUAGUGGAAUGAAUUUCAGAAUUUCUUCGUGGCGAGUUUAUUUUCCAUGGCACGGCUAUUUAACCUUGAAAUAAUAAUAAUACGUUUAUCAGAUAUGUUUUUAAACUGUUUUCUUAUUGCAAAAGAGUGGCAGUCUGUUGUGUGACGGCAGGAAAACACUUUAAAAACGCAUCUCUUAUUGUUGGAAUCUUCAAAUGAGAUAUUUUUUGCAGUAGACCACUAGAUUUUAUUGUACAUGGAACUGUACUGUAGAGUUGUUCUAAGAUAUUUGUUUACAUUUGGUAAACUUAUUUUCCUUCUGGUAUUAGUAUGAAGCGUAUACAAUUGAUUGGGAAAACGUGUCCGACCUCUGUCUCCUCUCAGACACUGUCGUCCAUCACUGUUGUAUAUAUCUUUCACAGAACCAGAUAAAAACGAUGUACCUUCACCCCAGAAAUAUUUAGUGUUCGUUUCAUGCUUUUUAGGGACCCGAGUUAAACGGACCAGGUUUGGGGCGUCGCAGCGUGCAGAAAGGAGUUCAUGUUGCUUGUGAAUCUGCUUCCGGAGGCCAAAAUUGAGACAGUUUCGAGGCUACUUUUGGACUUUUAAGUUCAGUGAAUUCAUGAUUUUAUUUUAAACGUAGUGAACGAUCUCCUCUCCGUGACGAAUAAAAGCAAAAGGUGGGGGAUCAGGUGGGGGAUCAGGUGUGAGCCGGCUGAGAUGGGAGUGCCUUUUGCCGAUCAUAGAGUAAAUAGCGGGUCUAACAAAACAAACAAACAAACAAAAAAAAAAACACUUAUCCAUGCUCUUUUAUUUGUGGCAACUUUUGUUUUUUUAUUGGUUCAGUGCUAGCUGGGGAUCUCUCAGUUUGUCGUAACACUAGUCCACCGCUAGGUUUCUUAAAAAGUGAGAACAUUUUACAUAGAUGUCACGUGUCCUUGUUGAUGUGUAGAGGAAGUAGAUCCAUAUUGUACCUUCUAUAGAUAUUGUACUAAAUCAUAUUGACGGAAUCCACCUUUAAAAAGAUGUACAGUACGUUAAAUGCUUUGGCAGCAUACAUGGGUAUACUGUUAACUGACCUAUUUGUGUAUAGUGGAAGGUGAUUUUCUUUUUCUUUUGGAACGGUGUCCUAUUAUUGCCUGAGUUGUCGAGAAAUGAUUUUGAGGGCAGCAUGAAAUUCACAAAAGCAUAAAAAGCCUGUCGACUCCGAGGUUCUCACCAGUUUCAUUCCACUUCAUGUCCACAUUUCAGCUGAAGUUUAACAAUAAGGCGGGUCACUGAUGUCUUCACAGUCGAGACUCCACCAUUUCCCGGUUUCUGUUCUUUCUGAUCAGCCCCAGAGCUGUCGGUCCAGAUGAAUGUCACUGCCUAACAACCUGAAUUGCAGCCAUACCGUAACAACACUGAGGGGUUUAACUGACUUUGCAUGAACCACGGGUUUGUGUACGUUCCAUGUGGGGUUGUGAGACUGGAGUGAGAAAGGAGAUGUGACACACUACUGAUUCUCAGAUUGUCUUGUUUCACACAUCCACCACACUCCAGAUGUGAGUUUAUUUUUUGUUUUAUUUUGGGGGGUUUUCUUUUAAAAGUUUGCUCAGAACGGACGGCAACGAUGUUUUCGGGAUGGUUGGAUGCUUCCUUUGUGCUUGUUGGAGCUGCUCUCACUUUUCUACCAAUUGAAAGGCAAAUUGUAGUGAAGUUGAUGCUUGCUCGUAAACAAAAAUAAAGGACGAUGAGAUGGGGAAUAA